AUGUAUGCGCAUGGGAUGUGGAGGGGAUUGCACCUGUACAAAAUAUUCAAAGAAACCAUUUCUAGAACCUCAUUGGAAUUUAGCCAAGAUUCAACCAAGCGUAACUACUAUGGCCAGCUUUCGUUUUCGCAUAGGGAAUAUUAUGUGGGAGCUGGAAAAUGUAAUAUCUCUAAGCUUUUUGAGUCUUUCUCUGCGCUCGAGCACCUCCACUUGAAUGACAUGUCUUUUGCUGCAGGAGCUGGUGAAGUACCAAUGAAGCUUUCCUACGAUCUUUAUUGUGUCAAACAUCUCAGCAUAUCGAGUAUAUAUCUGUCUGACUCGGAUGAGGUGGAGUCCGAUGACAAUGAUAUACCUGCUCUUGAAUCUCUUCAAGUGGGACGCUUCUCAGAUGUGACAUUUAUUCACCUCAGGGAAGUUAAGCUAAUGCAAACUAAUGGCACAAUCCCUGGAUUACAGCUUAUGAAGCUUCCGUUCGCCAAGUCUCCCAAGAUGAUGAGAAUGCUAAUCGAGCCAUGUCUAGUUGAAGAAUCUGCAACAAUCAAAAUCCUCGCUGAGCUAAUAAAAUUUGAGCGGGCAUCACCCAAUGCAGAAGUUGAAUACAAGUUGGAUAAGCAUUCAAAUCCCCGUCGUGUUUGA